AUUGGUACAUUCGGGAGUUUGCUUUCUAUCGCACCGCAACAAGCAAAAAAGCGAGAUUUUAAUUUGUUAAGCUUGUGGAUGUUAGACGGCCAGGGUCAUUUCGUCGUAUAGUUCCAAGAUGAGCUCACAUGGUCAUCGUGUCUGUCACGUGACUCUGUUGCCACGACCAAUAGAACGCCACUGUUUGUGCUAGGCAGACCAAAAGGAAAACGGCAGGGAAAAAAAUCACCUUCCUCUCUGCAAUUUUUGAUCUUUUGCACAUCGUCCAAAGUGGUCGCCAUCGAGAUAUUCCUGCACAAUUACCGGUGAAGGUUGGCUGUUGACUCUACCCUCGCCGCUUCUCAUUGGCCCUUGGAACUCCUCUUUCACGAGACCACGCCCCUUCCUUAACAUCCAAUCCCAACAUGGAACCCAUUAAGGUCCAAUCAGAGGGCGGACUCAACGUCACCCUCACCAUCCGCCUGCUGAUGCAUGGAAAGGAGGUCGGCAGCAUCAUCGGAAAGAAAGGAGAAACGGUGAAGAAGAUGCGCGAGGAAAGCGGGGCACGCAUCAACAUCUCGGAGGGAAACUGCCCGGAACGUAUCGUUACCAUCACAGGACCCACCGACGCCAUCUUCAAGGCCUUUGCCAUGAUCGCCUACAAGUUUGAAGAGGACAUCAUCAACUCUAUGAGCAACAGCCCAGCGACCAGCAAGCCCCCCGUGACCCUGAGGCUGGUGGUCCCGGCCAGCCAGUGUGGCUCCCUCAUCGGGAAGGGGGGCUCCAAGAUCAAAGAGAUGCGAGAGUCAACUGGUGCCCAGGUACAGGUGGCAGGGGACAUGCUGCCCAACUCCACCGAGAGGGCCGUCACCAUCUCCGGAGCUCCGGAGGCCAUCAUACAGUGUGUGAAGCAGAUAUGUGUGGUGAUGCUUGAGUCCCCACCUAAAGGCGCCACCAUCCCCUACCGCCCCAAGCCCGCCUCCGCCCCCGUCAUCUUCUCGGGGGGCCAGGUGAGGGCUGACCCGCUGGGGGCCUCCACUGCCAACCUCAGCCUGCUGUUGCAGCACCAGCCACUUCCUGCUUAUACCAUUCAGGGACAGUACGCCAUCCCCCAUCCAGAUCAGUUGAGCAAGCUCCACCAGUUGGCUAUGCAGCAAACCCCCUUUACCCCUCUCGGACAGACCACCCCUGCUUUCCCCGCAGCAGGUCUGGAUGCCAGUAACCAGACCAGUAGUCAUGAACUCUCCAUUCCCAAUGAUCUAAUAGGCUGCAUAAUCGGGCGCCAGGGCACCAAAAUCAACGAGAUCCGCCAGAUGUCUGGGGCACAGAUCAAAAUUGCUAACGCCAUGGAAGGGUCAUCGGAGCGCCAGAUCACCAUCACAGGAACCCCCGCCAACAUCAGCCUGGCACAGUACCUCAUCAACGCCAGGUUCAGAGAUGUGGCGGCCAUGUGGAAUGACCCUUCCUCCAUGACCACUUCCUGAGAUCCCUGGCUGGCGUCUCCGUUUCGGCCCCCUCCAAUGUUUAACCGACCACCCAGCGGACCACCCUGAUUCAGCCCGGCGGACACUGGCACUUUGGCUCUCUGAAAAUGAACGUUAAAAAAAAUAAGAAAAAAAUAAGAAAAACACUUGAAUACUCCCCAUUCUCUCCUUACACAGCCCUUUCUCUCCCGACAUUGUCCAGUCUUUAUCGGGGAGGGCUGGGGGUAAACUUUUACUUUCAGGGAGCCAGUUAAAUUUUUGGUUGUAUUUUUUUUCUUCUUCUUUUAGAGAACUGUCAAAGCAUGUUGAAUGUUUUAUAGGAACAAAGUUUCUGAUCGCUGAUCUUACUUUUUAUUUUACUCCUAUUUAUGUUACUCUCUUUCAGUGCUGCUUCAUAUAGAACAUCAGUAUCCAUUUAAAAUAAAAUAAGUAAUGGCAUAAAGUGGAUUUCUUCGUAGAAUAUAUAGAUAAAUGCACAACACAGCAGAUUAUUUUGAUUGAAUUGUGCAGUGGUCUGUUGGGAAAGAAAAUGUUCUGCUUCCAUUCUAGUUUUCAUGCUUUCAUCCAAUUUCUACCCUUAAUGCUUUGCUGCAUCCCUUUUAGGCCAAUUGUACCGCUCCUAGAGCCUCCUUUCUCAUGUUCAUUUCCUUACUAUUUACAUAAUUAAUUAUAUUGCAUGUAUUCUGUGAAGUAAUGCUGUGUAGUUUUGCGUAUACCUGCUCUGUAUCUGUGUUCCUUUGAAGUUUAUUGAAUUGUUCCAUUACUUUUUCCACAUACUUUUCAACCAUUUGAACCAUUCACGUCUCAUCCUACUCACUGCCCGAUGUAAAAAUAACUUUCCGGCAUAGAGUCCCUGUAUCGAUACCGAUUCUUAGUAUAGAUGCAUGAAUGAAAUUUGCUCAGAAAAAGCACUACUAUCCGCAAUUGAUUGAAGAAUUGAAAUGAUUGUUCGCUAACGUAUUAUAUGAUUUUGAUUUGUGCUCAUACUACUGUGGCUCCACACGAUAGUCAACUACGCAGCAUUCAUGCAAUACAUGACUAAGGACUUUACUUUACUCUUUACUUUACUAGUACUACUACUUUACUUUACUAGUAGAGUAUAGUAAGAGUAUACUUGACUUUAUAAUUCCAGCCUCUGAAGUGGGAGGAAAAAGUUGGACCAAAAAUUUCCUAGAGCUGCUCUUCUUUCUCUCAUUUUUCUCUGGAAGACCCAGAAGUAAUCAUUUCAAAAUGGCAGAAAGGCUGCUUCUUACUUCUAGAAAGUGCAUUCAAAAUGUACAUUGUUGGUGUUGUUGUGGUUGUUUCAAAUGGGUGUCAAAAAGGAGAGAAAGAAGAAGCAGUGAGGCCUGAACCAUUUGGACAAAGCCAAACAGUAUUUCCUUCCAGGCCGUAGAAUGUUCUGGGUUCGAACCCUAGGGAUCUGGGCGGACGUGACCACUCAGUCUCUUUUUUCACGAUUGUUCAUCGGUUAUGUUCGUUAUUUUUAAUUUCCGUCAUGCCGUCGAUUUUAAUACUUUUCGGUUUGAAUGUCUUUCAUUGUCGCGGCUAUGUUGGGAACGUACAUGUUUUUGUUUUUAGAAGAAAAACAGACAGGUUUAAUGAAAAUUUCCUGCGUCGCUGGCAAAAGUGGCACACAGUGGCAAAACCUGUAUAUAUUUAAUCAUGGUACAGUUGUGCGCACAAGACUGUUGUUUGUGGGUUAAUGUGACUUAAUGGACUUUCGUCCGUUGCGAUGUACAGUAUUGGUUUUUAGAGGGAUUUAGUUUGACUACAAAUCUCGGGCAAUGGGAUUUAGUGAGGGAAUUUGCGAGGCAAAAUUACAAAAACACUAGGCGCCUAAGUAUUCGGUACUUCUUAGCAUCAGCUAAACAUGGUUGGGUGUGGUUGGCAUGGACACAAACAAACAGCUGUUGAAUGUUAUUGUCUAUUUACACGUCGUUACACCCUUCUUUUUUUUCCCAACACGGAAAACAUUCCUGCAUUUUCCACAUAGUGCUAUAGUAACGAUAUAGUAGUGCUAUAGUUUGGAUGUAUGUGUCUAAAUUUGUUCACACAUAAGUCAAUAUUUUCUGUACACCAAGCUGACAGUGGGGUCUUAAGAGUUUUGAUGAUAUUGACAGAGGGAUACAUUAAAGGACCAAAACGCUGUACUAAUGAUAUACCGAACGAUGCAUAGCCGACGAUUUAUUCUGCAAUAACAUUUUGAUGUAAAACUGAAGUAGUACUUAGCGGUGAAAUUAUGGUUUUGUGUUAUCUGUUUCAUUUAUCAAAGACAUUGUAAUAGCUUGUACUUUUAUGAGAUAUUUGUCAUAUGAGCCAGAUUAAACUGGUUUUUUUGGGGAUAAUUUAGCAUUUCUUCUGGGAACCAAUCACAAUAUACAUCAGUUAUACCAAUCUUAACUUUGUUAAUAGGAAAGCAGUGUGGAACAAGGUUUGCAUAUAAAACACUGACUCAAACAUGAAACAUUGUUCAAAAACAAAGUCAAGACUUUUAUUUUAUAGUAAUCCUAACAACAACAACUAAUGUGUGAUGUCUGGAUAACUGCAUGGAUGGAUUCAAAAAUGUAUCAGAACUUUUACUUUGUUAACCUGGAGUCAUCCACUUAAUUAAAUGUGUUUAAUAUAAUCUAAUAUAAACAUUUUGGGUGACAUAAAACAAGGCCUCUGAAAAAAUGUUGAGUAAACAAGAACAUUUGUAAACUAAAACUCUGCUAACAAGCAAAACCAUUCGUAACUCACAUUUGAUCUAUCUAGGCUAAGCAUGGAUAUAAUGUACAUCUGGGAUUGAUGACGGUGUUAUUCUGAAGGAAACACUCAUGUUAAUGUGUUGCUCAGUGUUUGAAAACACUUGUAUAUGCCUGAGUAUACAGCUUAAAAAUGAACUGCAACAAAUGCAAUAAUAGGGUGCAAUGUGCAAUUAUUUAUUGUUGUUUAUUUAUUAUUAGCUUAGAUUGCUGGGAAAUCGUGUUGUUAAUCAAACAUUUUUUUUCAAGACAAAAAACGGUUUACUGGUUUAUAUGGCAGCAAAUUAAUACGAAAGCAGACUUACUGAUGUUUUUUUGUGCAUUGCAGUUUGGGGAAAAAAGUACCAGAGCUGGGUAACUAAAUUUAUUUUAUUUGCUUGGAAUCUGCAGAUCUAUAUUAGUUGUGAGUAAUUAAGUAAUUACAUAGUUUUACAUUUAAAAAUUGUUGGUAAUUAUGCAAAAAAAAUAAAGAUUUGUUUCUUUCUGUGA